UUUCCGGCAAGUUUUCUCCUGGUUUGAUUGAAAACCGAAAAAACAAACAAACCUUUUUUUUGAAUCUUGAACUGAAAAAAACAUUUCGGAAAAAAAUGUUCCCGAAAAUUUUUCUCAUUUUCUUCGGUUUAGGUUUGGCCAAUUCUUCGCCAAAUCAACGUACAUUUACAAUUGAUGAAAACGAAGGAAUAUUCCGGAAAGAUGGUGAACCAUUUCGUUAUGUAUCCGGUUCAAUGCAUUAUUUUCGUAUACCAGAACAAUAUUGGCUGGAUCGUUUACAAAAAGCCAGACAAGGUGGCUUGAAUGCAAUACAAACCUACAUUGAAUGGAGUUCACAUCAACCAGAACCAGAUAUAUUUGAUUUUAAAGGAAAUUUAAAUUUUUUAAAAUAUUUUCAAUUAGCACAACAAACAAAUCUGUUGGUUAUUGUUCGUCUUGGGCCAUUUAUUGCGGGUGAACGUGAUAAUUCAGGUUUACCAUAUUGGUUAGCAUCGAAAAAUUCCUCAAUGCAAUAUCGUACAUCAGAUCCAUUAUUUUUACAUUAUGUACACCAAUGGUAUUCAAAAAUGUUACCAUUAUUAAAACCAUAUUUAUAUCAAAAUGGUGGUCCAAUUAUAAUGGCACAAAUUGAAAAUGAAUAUGGAUCAUUUAUAAUUGAUGAUGAUCAAUAUAAAGUUUGGUUACGUGAUAUAGUUCGUUUUUAUCUUGGUCAUGAUUUAUUAUUAUUUACUGUUGAUGGUAAUAAUAAAUCUUAUCUUAUACAUGGUACAAUUGAUAAUGUUUAUCCUACAAUUGAUUUUGGUCCUGGUGCUAAUAUAAGUAAAUCAUUUGAUGCACAGAAUAUUUAUUCUGAUAAUGGACCAUUAGUUAAUAGUGAAUAUUAUACUGUUUGGUUUGAUUGUUGGGGUACUAAACAUCAAACCGCUUCGGUAGAACCAAUAACUAAAACAUUUGAUCAAAUGUUAGCAUUAAAUGCAUCAGUUAAUUUCUAUAUGUAUCAUGGUGGUACAUCAUUUGGAUUUAUGAAUGGUUAUUUUGGUUAUUGGGGUGAACAAUCAGCACCAAUGACAACUAGUUAUGAUUAUGUUGCACCAAUUGGUGAAUAUGGUCAAUUACGUCCAUUAUAUUUUGCUAUACGUAAAAUUAUUCAAAAGUAUUUCACCCAUGUACCACCAUUAUCAAAAAAAUCAAUUGAUUCCAGUAAUGUUUCCUAUACCAAUGAAAUCAUUGAUGAACCAAAGUUCAAUAAAAAAAUCGAUCAAGAAGAAAAAAUCAUUCGAAUGGAUUUUCUAAUCGAUAUUUUUCAAUUGAUCAAAAAUCAUUCAAAUUUUGAAAAUUCUCUCAUCGAUAUGGAUGAAUCAAAUCAAAUCAAACCAAUUGAAUCCGAAUUACCAUUAACAUUUGAACAAAUCUACCUACGACAUGGUUUUAUUUAUUAUGAAUAUCAAUUAGAUUUUUAUCCAUCUGAUCCAAUAUUAUUAAAUAUAACUGAAUUACAUGAUCGUUCAUUGGUAUUUGUAAAUGAAUAUUAUCGUUCAACAUUAACACGUAUGGAUAUGAUACAUAAAACACCAUUAAAUUCAUUAAAAAUUGGUGAUCGAAUUGGUUUGUUGGUUGAAAAUCAAGGUCAUGCUUGUUGUACAUCCAAACCUGAAUUAAAGGGAAUUGUUGGUAAUGUAACAUUAGGUAAUCGUUUAUUAAAAAAAUGGAAACAAUAUCCAUUAUUUUAUAAUUGGUCAACAAUAAUCGAUACAAUUUCGAUUGGUUAUCGAAAAUCAAUGAAACAACAAAAACAACGAAAACAACAACAACAAAAUCGAUUUUUGAAUAACCGAAAUGAAGAAUCCAAUCAUGAUUGUAUGAAUGAUUGUCCUGAACGUACAUUCAACCUACAUCCUGCAUUCUAUUUAGGUGUAUUCAAUAUGACCGAUAAGGAUCGCCAGCGAGAAUGGUUUCUUGAUGUUCGUAGUUGUUCACGUAAAGGACAAGCAUUUUUAAAUGGUCAUAAUUUAGGUCGUUAUUGGCCGGUUAUGGGACCACAAAUAACAUUAUAUAUACCGAAUGUUUGGUUUAAUUUCAAUGAUGAUAUUAAUACAUUAUUAUUAUUUGAAUUGGAAAGUGAACAAAAAUCUUGUUUUAAAGUUAAAUUGAUUAAUCAACAUAUAUUGAAUGGUACUGUACCGGAUAAUUAUCAAUAACCAACUAACUAAUAAUCAAACUUACCAAUCAACCCCACCAUCCCCACCUCAUUACCUGAUUUGUACCUGUAAUUUUCGUUUCGAAAA